CGGAAAUUGAAACGCCGGCGACGCACUGAGGAGAUUCAGUGGGCGGCGAUGUCAGUCUGAGACUCUCGAAAGUGCAGAAUGGCGGCCCUCAGAAGACGGCAGCAGGGAAUCCAACACACACAGAAUUCAAUAAUUGUGGAGCCAAUCCCAAUCCCAUUCCCAAUCCCAAUCCCUCCGGAAGACGUUGACUCUUCCUCUUCUUCUUCUUCUUCUUCUUCUCCGUCUCUGGCAGCCAAAGCCACCAGAGCAUCUUCUGGUGCCCACAAAGACUCUUCCCUUUCCUCUGCUUAUGCCUCCAUCCAUCCUUCUUCUGUUUCUCGUCUCUCCAACCCCAACUCCACCCUCCUCAAUACUCAGGAGACCAAGUCCCAUGACUACACAUCAAGGAAAAAUCAAAACGAAUCCAAGCGAGGGUUUUGGGGCUCUCUGGCUAGAAAAGCUAAAGCCUUUUUGGAUGAUGAAGAUCAUCAACCCCAAGUCUUAGAAUCAGAUGGAAGAGCUAAACAACAGAUGCAUGAAAGGGGUGCCUCAGACAGGAAUGCAUAUCAAUCACCUGAGAACCAUCGCAAAGCAGACACUCCUGCAUUGCAGAAGGGCCUCGGUGCAAUUACCUCAUCCCUAAACUACAUUGGUAACGCUGUUGAGGAGGGUUUUACAGUUGUGGAGAACCGGACAGCAGGCAUCAUUCAAGAGACACGCAAGCAUAUAAGGAAAAAACCUAGCAGUUCUUUGGCACAGAAUCAGGCAGCAAAACAGCCCCAGCUGCCAAACCAAGUGCCGCAGAUGCAGACUGAUCAAGAAAUUCAAUUGAAGGCAUCUCGCGACGUUGCAAUGGCUAUGGCUGCCAAGGCAAAACUUCUGCUUAGGGAGUUGAAAACUGUCAAAGCUGAUUUGGCUUUUGCUAAGGAGCGAUGUGCCCAACUGGAGGAAGAAAAUAGAAUCCUUCGUGAGAAUAGUGAAAGGGGAGAAAACUCGGAAGAUGAUGAUUUGAUAAGACUUCAACUGGAGACACUCUUGGCAGAGAAGGCAAGAUUAGCACAUGACAAUUCUGUCUAUGCACGUGAGAAUCGCUUCUUAAGGGAGGUUGUGGAAUAUCACCAACUUACAAUGCAGGAUGUUGUAUACUUGGAUGAGAAAACUGAAGAAGUCACUGAAGUUCACCCCAUCCAGGGAGCUCUAUUGAUCAACACGAACGCCAUCCCAACCACAUCACCUCGACUGCCUCCUGAGACAUCCCUUGACAUUAGUCUCGAAGCAACCAAGGAUAUCUCUGUUCGCCCAAUGCCACCUCCAGAGUUUGUGCAGGGUUCCCAUUCUCAAAGUUCUGGCCCACGAAGCUAAAUCCAUGCCCUGAAUUAGAUGGCAGAGUAUGCAAAAAAACAAAAAAAAAAAGAAAAAGAAAAAGAAAAAGGUCCAGAUCUCUCUGGUAGUGUGGAUUGAUCUCUUUGAAACUGUUACAAUAUUUUACAUUAGAUGAAACUUUCAUUGUGUAUUGUAAACCCUUCUGCUAGUUACAGUUUUAAAUUUGUAAAAUCACCCAGAAUAUUUUGCUUUAAUAUUACUCGACUUUUUAAAGACCCAACAUUGUAUUAUGUUUUAACAUUAAAAUAAUUUAUUUUGC